AUGUCAAAAUAUAGAACAAAGCAACAGACAACCGAUGCCUUAAAGAAAUCGCGUAAAAUCAGUGAAUUUAUCUCUUUAUCAGCAAGUAGAGACGAGCUUAUUAAAGAUAUUUUAGGAGUAAUCGAAAGGGAAGUUAAUGUAAAUUUGGAGCGGAUAGCUGCCGUGAAGGAGCUUGAACAAACGCUUAAAGCCAAUAAAUGCAUACACAAGGUUGGCAAUGUAUUGUCAGAUCUUGAGCCAAAGGAAAAAACACUUGGCUUUUUCGAGAAUCUACGUGCAUACAGGUUCAAGGAAGAAAUCAGGAUGUGCAAAAGCUUAUUAUAUAAAUGCUAUAAAAACUAUGAAUUUCGUACGAAUUUUGUACUUUUGUCUUUUGGUGUCCUCAAGUACAAAUUGAGAUCAUUGGCUAAAAUUCACACAAGAAUUUGA